UUGGGUGUUUUCGUUGAGAUGAAAAUGAUGCUCCAUUUUCACAGUAUUGAUUUGUUUUUCUUUUCUGGGGUAGUUGAAAUGGUGAAAGAAUCGCUUAUGACAAAUUGAUGAAAAAGUGAUUGUUGUAAGGAAAAUCAAGUGAAAACGACUACAAUGUAAAUAUUGUAACCAAAUUAAAUGUACAAGUGUGUUCAUCAAAAUGUAACUCGAUUUAUAAAAUGUAAAAAUGAAGUAGAAAAUAAAUGUGCUACUUAUUUGAAAACAUAGUGACUAUGAAGCUGGAACUUAUCGAUUUAUAGCGAGACCAGAUUUUUAAUUUUCAUCUUUUGAAUUAUGUUAAAAGGAGCCAUGUCAUGGGAGAGCCUAACAUCACGAGACCUGAUUAGCUUGCCACAAAGUCAUAAAUUGUCAGCAACGCAUUUGCUCGCUUCUCCUGAUGGCUCGAAGCAUCCACUAGAAAAUACAACAGAUCAUUAUCAAUUAGAUGGAAGUUUUUCGCGAUUAGCUGGAUAUCAGAGCCCAGACGGUACGUCACUGUGGACACGUCAUGGUUUCAGUAUAUCGCGUUGUGCAAUAUUUGAAUGCUUCUUUGUUUGCCAAAAGAGAAUUCAACAGUAUUUGGCCAAACGAAAGAUUGAAAGAGGUUUGCGACUGUAUGAGCAACAUAAUCAAAAUGCAGCCGUUAAGAUGUGGCGUAGUGCGCUUAAAUCAACUAGCAAACGAAACGACCGAUUUCAAUUAUUAGGUUACUUAUAUCAGGGGCAUAUGGAUUUUGGCAAGUAUAGGGAGGCAUUGGAAUACGGUCACCGACAGCUGGGUAUUUCCGAAGAAUUAGAUUCCCCUAGCAUGCGAGCAGAAGCUUAUUUAAAUUUAGCAAGAGCUCACGAAAGAUUAGGUGGCUUGGAGAGAGCCUUAAGCUACGCACGACAUUCACUUUAUAAUGAAUGUGGAACUCAAUGUCGAAGUGGUGGUUUGGUGCACUUGACUGUUGCACGUGUUUAUUUGGAAAUGGGAGGUUUUUCCAGAGCUUUGGAAGGACUACAAGGAUCGUAUAAGAUUGCGACCAGCAUCGGAGAUCCUGCUCUGGAACUACAAGUAUAUGUUGCGUUAUCUGAAUUAUUCGGUCGUUUACAAGAUACUGACAAAAGUGCAAAAUAUGCUUCGAAAGCGUACGAUUUGUCUCGAUCGUUGCAGUUGGGAGAUUUGAACUCUUCUCAUCAUAGAGCAGCAUUGUUACGGAUGGCAGCAUCACUCCGAAAACAAGGAGAACUAGGCGACGCACAUGACUAUUGCACGGAAGCUACAAGACUUGCUCUAAUAUCUGGAGAUCAAGCUACAUUCACCCGAAGCAUUCGAAUCAUGGGAGAUAUUUAUCGGAAAAAAAUGGACAUCGAUAGAGCAUUUCGUCACUACGAACAAGCCAUGGGAACAGCUGCUGCUUUAGGCGAUCGUAUGGCUCAAAUGGAAGCAAUGGAUGGUGCGGCAAGAUGCCUAGAAGCUUUACGAACCCAACAAAAGAUCUGUAAUUGUCGACCACUUGAAUUUAAUACGAGGCUAUUGGAAGUGGCGAGUUCAGUGGGGGCAAAGUUACUUGUACGAAAGAUUCGAGCUCGACUAGCAUUGAUCUACCGAUCGUUAGGCGACGAGGAACAAUUUAAAACGCAUGAACGAUUAGCAACGCAAGCAGAGGCAGCGCUUGGCUUACAUUGCGGUGUCUGCAAUGAAUCUUUUGGUUUAGAGGUUGAUUCCCUGGAAGCUUUACCGUGUGCACACAUACUACAUGCCAGAUGUGCACACGAAGUGUAUCGCAGAAGAGACAAGAACUCUUUGGGACGAUCGUGUCCGGCUUGCAAAAAAUUAAUUAAUUCGCGACUGCAUUUAUGCGGUGACGAACCUGAUGAAGUGAUAGACAUCGCUGAAAAUAACAAUAUUCUUAAAAUAUCUGCACCACGAACAAUUUACCGAAGCAAUUUGUCGCUGGCAUCACUGAGUUUACGAGCUUCGAGUCUUACCAUAAACAGUGAAUGCCAUGCAACAUCUUCGGUAUGAAUACACUCACGAUUUCUCACUUCUAGUGAUUACUAAUUACCUGUUAGAUUGUACAUAGGGAAAAAAAAUAUUUUAAAUUCUUCGAUUAAAGAGUCAAACUUAAAAAGUGACUGCUGGUUUCAAUAUUG